AUGAUUGAGAGUUUUUUGAAUAACGUCAAUAGCCUGGGUACAGCAAGUUUAUUGUCCAGGCUAAAAAGUAUUCAAGGCUUACUUGAGCGAUUGAGUGGCUCAAAUUCUGAGUCGGAAAUGACGGGUUUACUCAAGCAGGUUAAAGACCUUGUUGAUAUCACAUCAACAUUAGAUAAACUAGUAACUAGGGAGCGACGGAAUCCUUCAUUGAGUCUGCAGCCCCUUUCGGAGAGCGACCAACUCCAUCUGUGUCGCAUCUGUACCGAGACGGCUGUGAUUACGGAUGAAUUCAUCGAGCUCCUUGAACCACUAGAAUCUAUCCUCAAAGAGUUUAAUCACUACGAAAGCCACUUAAGGGGCGAGAAGUGGUAUGAUGAAACAUUGCAGGCGUGGAAACUUCGCACGGAAGCUUUGCGAAUGCUCUUCUCAGCGAUUACUCUCCUCUACCACAAGAAUAACACCGAUGAAAAUGGCAACUUAUCCGCCGAAACGAAGGCUUGUGCAUAUAAAAUCGACCACCAAGUCCAAUUGAUCGAGUCAGAAAUCCGUAGGGUCGAUGAUCAUGAAUCAAUUAGAAUCAGAGACGCCGUCAAGGUUGUAAGCGACCUCAAACUGCAUCUCCCAUUAUAUACGAAUAAACAUUAUAUCCUUAGAGGAGCCAACUCGUUUUACACUGGUCGAAAACCCCAAAUGAAUGUAUUGAGAGGCGCGUUCUGCAAUCAAACCUAUUCCGGCCAGAAGAGAUUCGUCAUAUAUGGCUCAGGAGGCUCCGGAAAGACGGGACUAACGCUUAAGUAUGCGGAGAUACAUCGGAAUGACUACUAG